UUGAAGGAUAUUGAAGAGGGGAAGUAUCGAGCUAUUACAGUGAAUCCGGAAAUCCUCUCCGGGCGCUUCGAGAAUCUGUGGAAGAAUGUUCAGUGUUCGAAUGACCGCCCGAAUAUUGCUAUAUCUGUGCGGAAGCUCAAACACCCAGCAAGCAGCUUCCGCGACCUUGAUUUCUUAAUUCCACACACAUGGACACCAGAUGAGCCUCUCAAAAAGUUCCUGGUUUUCUUCGACAGCAUCGCAGAGUCUGUAGAGGCGACAAAAUACCUACAAGAGCGCCUGGUGAGGUUCGGCGGGAAGAAGACACUGGGGAAAGUGGUAUGGUUCAAUUCGGAGAUGUCUGACGAAUACCGGUGGGACAAGACAGACGACCUGCGGAACGCAUGUAUCGUGGGGCUAUGUUGCACAGACUCAUUUGGCAUGGGUGUGGAUCUACGGGACAUUGAAGUAGUGGUACAAUGGAAAGCUACGUGUACGAUGUGUACACUGUGGCAACGGUUCGGCCGAGGGGCACGGGACUUUAGUCUCACUGCUCUCGCUGUCCUCAUCGUUGAGCCCAAACAUUUUGACGAAGAGAAGAAGAAAGCUGCCGACGCGAAACGGAAACGGGCGGAGAAGAAAAAGACAAUGGCACAAAGGCAACCGCUUACAUCUCUGAAUGGCACUCGCACUGCAAAACGCCGUCGUGUC